AUGAACAAAUUAUUCGCCGUCGUUUUCUUGCUCUUGUCGUUGCACCAAUAUUCCGGCAGUGCACAGUCCCUUGGCGCGCCUUCCCCAGCACCGUCCGGGACCCCGGCUACCCACUCGCCGACGCCGGUACAUUCUCCGGCCAACCCUCAAGCAUCCCCGUCACAGCCUCCGUCGCGCUCACACUCUCCAACAAUUUCUCCGGCGGCGAGUUCUCCACAAACCAGACCGUCCCCUCCUCCGCUACAGGCUCCGGCGGUAUCUCCUGCAGCGCCUAAUCAAUCCUCCAGUGUGUCGCCUUCCCCGACUCCAUCUCAGGCGACGACCCCUCCGCCUACCCCGGUCAGCAGCCCCGCUCCGGCGAGUCCCCCGGAAGCGGAGGUUCCAGCUGAAGCCACUCCGUCGGCCGGUGUUCCUUCGAGUUCUGCAACACCGUCGGGGUCGCCGGAUGAGGUCCCGCCAACCGGCAGCCCGCCGGUGAGUUCGGCACCGGAAAGCGCACAAGGGCCAGCAGCUGACGAUAACUCCUCUGCCGCCAAAUCGAAUUCUGUUUACGAGGUUUCAGUUAUUCUUACUGGGAUUGCUCUUUGGGCUGCUGCAGUUUAA